AUGUCUACUGUAGCACAUGAAUUGGGGAUCUCUGUAGAUGAAGACUGCACUGAAUGUCAGAAUGCUAAGAGAAGUGCUGCAGAAAUCACAUCUAGCAUCGAUGUGGUGCGAUAUAAAGAGGAUCAGUUGCCAUUGCAAGGGAAGCUUUGGAAGGAGCUGGCUAAAAUAGAAAAGGAGGAGUGCAGACUACGGAAGGCAGGAGACCAGCCUAUUGAAAAGUAUAAGAAUAAACUCCAAAAAGAAAUACAGAAACUGAGAUAACAACAAAUGAGUUAUGAUUUGUCUGAAGCAAUGCAGUGUUUCAUCUCUGCCAUAUCCACUGAAAGCAAACAAGAACGAUCCUAUUUUCUAAAGUGGAUGAGAAUGAACUUGGAUAGUUGCAAGUUGUCAGAGAACAAAGACAUAAUUGCAUUCCUGGAUCGACAAAUAUCUAACAGCUCUUUAGGAAUUGAGCAUUUCAUGCGUGAAAUGGGGCAGCUUUAUGAAGCUGCAUGCUACCAUACUGACUAUAAGAAAUAUUGUAAGCAGUUUGAACAUCUUCCCAGUUUGGGGGCAGAUCUGUUGUUGGAUGGCUACCCCCUUGAGCUGGUGGAUGGAGAUGCAUCAAAUAUCCCUGUAAGGUGGGUGACCAAUGUUCUAACAAAGCUCCAUGAGAAAGUCCAACAUAAGAGCAGGGUGCUGGUUGUAACAGUGUUGGGAGUCCAGUGCACUGGGAAGUCUACCCUCCUCAACACAAUGUUUGGGGUUCAGUUUGCAGUUAGCAGUGGUAGAUGCACGAGAGGAGCCUUCAUGCUGUUAAUCAGAGUCAAAGAGGAUCUUGAAGAGCUAAAGUGUGAUUUUAUCUUGGUAAUUGACACUGAAGGUCUCAAAUCUCCAGAGUUGGCACAACUAGAAGACAGCUAUGAACAUGACAAUGAGCUUGCAACACUGGUCGUUGGAUUGAGUGAUGUCACCAUAAUAAACAUUGCAAUGGAGAACUCCACAGAGAUGAAGGAUAUCCUACAGAUCGUGGUGCACGCCUUUCUUAGAAUGAAGGAAGUGGGGAAGAAACCAAACUGUCACUUUGUGCACCAGAAUGUGGGGGACGUGUCUGCUCAUGACAAAAACAUGUGGGACAGGAAAAUGCUUUUAGAACAGCUGAAUGAGAUGACACAGGCAGCUUCCAAUGGAGAAGAAGGACCCAACAGAAAAUUCACCGAUAUAAUGGAGUAUGAUGCAGAGAACAAUAACUGGUACAUCCCAGACCUGUGGCAUGGUAACCCUCCAAUGGCACCAGUGAACACCGGCUACAGUGAGACUGUGUAUGAGUUCAAGAAGAGCUUGAUUGAGGUUUUGAAAAACUGCAACAACCAAAAACCUCCUGCACCAGUUACAGAGUUCCUGGAGUGG